UAUGGAUGAGUUGAGACGAGAGGUGUCAACUCUCCGAGAGUUUGUAGUUCAGCAGAGUAAGGAUAUGGCUAAAUUAAAACGGCUUGGGAAAGGUUUAGACGUGUCUCCAGGUCCUGCUGACACCUCACGGCUUCUGAGCAUAGAGGCCGAGCUGGUAGAGCAAAAGAAGUCUACUGCUCGAAUAACCAAACUCUGCCUGGCUGCUAUAAAUGCUCUGGAGAGGUUGGAGAAUAAACCGUUGGUUCUAGGAUCAGAUAUCGCAUCUUCAGACGAAUCUUUUAUUAACAGCAAUGAGAGUCUUCCGAAAGCAUCUGGCCUGGAUCCCUUGGUGUUGAAAUCUCUGUGUGGUGAGAUAGAGAAGUUGACCGGUAUGCUGGUCAAGGUGGACGAGGAUAUAGAUGCUCUAGAUGAACGGACCGAGGAGAACAAGUCUGAUUAUGAGCACCUGGUCCAGGAGUUCAGCUUGUUGCAGGACUCCAACAGGAACAGCAUGGACGAGAACCAGAGGAAGAUGGAGGAGUUGAAGAGUAAACUGAGCGGGGAGAACCUCCGGCGUGAGAUUGAUACUAGAAUCAUGGUUAAAGAUCUUGUCACUAAAGCUGAUCUAUCCCGAGGAUUGAAAACAAUACCUUUUGGUCUGAGCCGGGAUGAUGUGGCGCAAAUGAUAGAUUUUGCAACCAGCAACUUUCUCCGAACAGUUCAAGCUGAGACGAAAAUGUGUGAGGAGAAAAUUCAAGAUUCAGAGGAAAUACUAAACAAUCAAAUAUCCAAAAUCCAGAAUCGUCUGGAUGAGGUAGAAGAUCAGGCUCGGCGGCAGAUGUUUAAUAUUCAAGAGAAAACAGAAUCUAAUCUGAGAGAAGUGAGUAAAACCUUGGGGAACCUGGCUGGAGGUAAAGAACUCCAAUCUCGGGUUCAGAACCUAGAGAAGAAGGUAUCCAACCUAGAGGAUGUAGAACCUAAGAUACUAAAACUAGAGAUGGAGCAGGCAAACCUACUCCAGACUGUCUCCAACCUACAGGAUGAGAGCCGAGUAGCUGAGGAUCCUAGGAUGACCGGAAGGUUGGAAAGGUUGGGUAAAGAGAUAUCUGUGCUCAAAGGGAAACAAACCGAUCAUUCAACAAGUAUUGAGUAUCUGGGAAAUAAACAAACAUCUACAGAGGCGGAGAUUGGUAAGAUGAAAACAGAUUUAGAUCAACAAAAGGAAAAGAUUGGAAAGAUAUUGAAGUUGGAACACUCCUUAGAUCAAGCGAAAGAUAAGGUUGAGGAGAGUGCUAAGAGGUUUAAUAAUCUUAAAGAAGAGCUAAACAGUAAGAUGGACAGGACGGAGCUGGAUGAUUUGAAGACAGGGAUGGAAAAGGAGAGAUGUAAGAUCAACUACUUCCAGGAUAAAAUAUCAAAUAUUGCCAAGUCUGUGGACGGAGUAAAGAUGGAAAACAACAGCAUGAGAGACAGAUUCUGCUCUGAUAUAGAGAACCAGGGAAAGGAUUUGAAGGAGCUGAAGAGUGUUCUGGUGAACCAGGAGAAGCAGGUUCAAGAGAAUAGUCGAACCCUCAAGGAUAUUACUAAAGAUAGUAUUGGCAAGAUUAAAGAGGUGGCUACUAACUGUAUUCAGAUAGAGAAAAAUAUAAGAUCUAUAAAAGAUAAAUCUGUCCUGUUCGACAACAGCUUGAAGGAGGUGAGAGACCAGAUCCAGCAGAUCCAGUAUACUCAGGACCUGGAGCAGAACAGUUUAAAGGAACAGCUACAAAACUUCAAGACGGAGAAGAUGAAUUCAUCAAACCUAACGGGAGAUGAUUUGAAUCGUGUGAAGGAGACAAUAAUAUGUUUGGAGAAAGAUUUGAAGAACCUGAAACAGGAUCGGAGAACUAAGGACGAUGAGGAUGAGGAGAGAAGGUUAAGUGUUGAAGGAAACCUACUGGAUCUCAGGAACUACGUGGAGAAUAUCCUUGCUGAAACCAACUCCCACCUGGGCGGUAUUGCGGCGGAGGUUGAUACAGCGCAGGAUAAAAUAUCUAAGUGUAUGAUCGAGUUGGAAGAGAUUGCUGGUAAGCAUGAGAACCACACAGGGGAUUACACCUUCGUCGUUAAAAGCCUGGAGAACAAGAUGAAGGAGUUAAGAGAGUACACGGAGAGCAAGCAGCUGGACGCCGUCGAGAGGCUACUGGAGCUGAGGAAGGAGUUUGUCGACAAACAUUCAGAUUUCCUGGACAUGAGUUUAGAGAAUAAAAAGUUGGUUGAAGCUUUGGGAACCAAGGUUCAGGAUUUGAAAAUAGGAAACCUGGAGAGAAUAAAUCAGGAAUUGAAUGAUCUGAGAACCAAAACUCUGGAGCAAAUGAAAUGUCUGGAGAAGAAUGUUGAAGAUACGUCCAGAGCAAACCAGACAAAGUUUGCUGAUGUUCAGGCUAAACUCUCAGACGUGUUAGCAGAAAAUGAGAUGGGAAAAAAUUCAUCUUGGCAGGCUCUCAAGGACGUGAAAACUAACCUGGGCAAGUUAAAUUCUGACCUGGAGACUUUAAAGGUUCAGGGGAAGGUGAGGAAGGAGACGAUAGACCGACUUAAUGAGAAGAUAAACCGGGAGGAGAAGGACGGAUCAGCAGGAUUGAAGGAGAUUAAGGAGAAGCAGGCUAAGAUCAGGUCGGAGCUGGAUAUUGUUGGAAACCAGGCUGAGCAAGUGAGGAAGGAGCUAGAGUGUCGGAUGGAAAACAAUCGAAGACAUAUCAUUGAAAUGAUCGGAUCUACGGAGAUUAAACUAUCUGAACUGGAGGACAGAAUCAAGGUUUCAGAGCUUGCUCUCCAGGAUAUCAAGGUUACUGAAUCCAACCAUACGUUGAACCUGGAGAAGAAGAUAGAAAACCUGGUUUACAAGAUUGAUAAUUAUACAUCAAAUACGGAUAAAAUUCGAGGAAAUUUAACUGAUGAAACCAAGGAGACUCUUGUAGAACUUAGACGCAGUCUAGACAACAUGAAGACCGAGAUGUCAACCUAUGAGCUGGACAGCUUCAAGAACAUCGUGAACAGUACAACGGAAACCCAGAACAAGUUGAUCUCCUCUAUGCAGAAGAAUGUUGACACCAUCUUGAAGGAGAAGAACAAAACUGAACUUCUAGUUGGGAACCUUGAAUCCAAACUUUCUAAUCUCUCGUGCAACCACGAAAAGGCGGAGACAAAGUUUAGCUCCGCCCUGCAGGAGGAGCAUCUGGUGAAUGAGAGGAUGGAGGAGAGGGUUCAAAACAUUCAACUCAAUAUCAGGGAGAUCCAUGAGAAAUUAAACCAGAGAAAGGAGGACGAUGUAUCCGGAUCUAAAGCUUUAGUUGAGGAAAUAAGAUCAGAUUUAAAACAGAAAAUUCAAGAAAAUUCGCAGAAACUGAAGGAAAUUGAGGAAUUACUAGGUACUGAGGUUCUAAAGUUAAAGACAGAAAUAACAGCUAGCGGCCAGAUUCUUCAAGAUAAAUUCAACCAGGAAAUGUCAGCUAGCGGUCAAAUUCUUCACGAUAAAUUCAACCAAGAUUUUACUGAAAUCAGUAAAAAUAGUCAGGAACGAUCUGCCCUGGCGGAGACAAGACUAAACGAGGUUUUGGAAAAUGUUGAAACUCAAUCCAAACUGCUUAGUUCAGUUCAAUCCUCUCUCUCCUCCAUGGAUGAGAACAUAUCCAAAUCUUUCAACAAGACGGAUGAUCUUGAAAUUAAAUUAAAGUCCUGGACUGAAAAUGCGGAGUCGAACCUAUCAAUGUAUGCAACCUUAUCCGCCCUACAGGAACUAGAGAAAGGAUUAGAAAAGAGAACUUCCAACGGGCCUGUAAAGGACCUGGAGAGAAAACUAGAAACCUUGAGCGCAGCCUGUAAAUCCUUAGAUCUGUCAUUGAUUGAUUUAAAGAGUAAGGACGAGGGUUUGGAAUCUGAAUUGAAGAAUAUGAAGGUUCAGGUUGAGAACCUACCGGAGAUAUCCAGCUCCUUGGACCAACUCAAAUCUGUUGAGAGCAAGUUUAAUCAGCAGAAAGCUAAAAUAAUUGACGUUGAAGCGAGCCUCAGCUUUCAGGAGAGGAGUAUAAAUAAACUAGGCGAGGAUGUGAAGAAAAUAAAUGGAAGCGUAUUUGGAAAUAUCUCCAGUGUUGAGGAUAGACUGGGGAAGUUUGAAUCUAUAGCAGCUGACCUUGUAUCUAAGAUAUCAACGAUACAGAAGAAAACUGAAGGUUGGAUAAAGGAAUUCGAAGUUAUAAACUCUGGAAGAACAAGAAUAGAAAACAAACUAUCACAGAUAGACUCCAAGGUGACGAAUCUAGGGUAUCGAUACUUAAAAAGGAAUCUGAUUUUCCAACGAAAACUCUUAAACCAGACGUCUAGAUCACUUCGAUCUAACAUAAGGAAAAGUUCAAAAGAAUUGAGCAUUCGCCACAAUCUCUAGUUUACUAAUCCUUAU